AAACUUAUAUUAUUAAACGGGGGAGUAAAACAAAAUGGGCUCAAGGAGGAAGAAGCCGAAAACAGCGUCGAAAAGAGAUGAGACUUUUAUAAACCAGCUGUCGAGCUUCCUUGUUUUGAGGCGAAAAAGGACGACGCCAUCAGCUUCAAAAACCUCCCGAUAAACAUCAACGUAUAAACUUAACCAGAUAACGUCGCACCUCCUUUUUUUUCCCCUCAGAUUCCCAACACAAAAACAGAGAGAUGCUGGAAGGGAAAGCAAUGAUAAAGGAAACAGACAUGCCUGAGAAGAUGCAGAGCCAAGCCAUGGCUUCUGCUUCGCAGGCACUAGAUCUCUACGAUGUCUCUGAUUGCAUCUCCAUUGCCGCCCACAUUAAAAAGGAAUUUGACAAGAGAUAUGGAGGUGGGUGGCAGUGUGUGGUGGGCUCUAAUUUUGGUUGCUUCUUCACCCACACGAAGGGGACUUUCGUUUACUUCGCACUUGAGAGACUCAAUUUUCUCAUCUUCAAGGGAUCUUCUUCGUAAUUUCGGGAACAAAGAAAACCCAGAAAAACUUGAAAAAGAAAAUGGGGGAAAAACCCAGAGGGGAUUGGCACGAUCAGAAUCAUGUACUAUGCUGUUAGGGUUUAUAGUUUUUUUUUUUUUUUUUUUUCUGAAUGCGAUAUUAUUAGAGGAUUAGUAGUAGUUGAACUUUCAAUGUUUAAUUAUUUCAAUCAGAGAUUUCUCAUGUCGUGAUCAGUUCUACAAACUUUACACUAUCUGCAACGUUUAACGGUA